CACCGUAUCCAAGCUCUAGUUUUUUUCAGCUCUUUCGAGAUUCUUAAUCCAGGCCAGGAGGUAUCGAUUCCUCUCCUUCGUCUUUAAUAAUUUAAGGAUAAACUGUUGCCAGCUAGGAUUUCGUAUUGUUCGUUUCGGUUAACCUUGUAAUCAAGUGAUAAAUGAGCCUUGGACCUUGGUAAAGAUGAACGGAGUUCGUCGGACAUUGUCUCAGAUAUGUAGGAAAGUGCACACACUGUCCCAUGAUGGUCCAAGCGACACCUUGAAGAGGAAGCUUGCAGACCUUGAGAAGGAGAAACGAAGAAGAUCGACCAAGAAAAGUAAACUAUUUGUAGAUGUUCCUGAAUCAAGAAAGUAUCUCGAUACAGCUACUAUGCCUAUGUUACUUACUGUUGUCGGAACUGCCCUCUUUGCCAAGCUCCUCAUGAUGCUUGAUGAUGCAAGAUCGCAGGAAAGGAUAGAGAGAAAGAUAAAGAAUGCACCUGCGGGACAGGGUACGGUGAGGAUGCUGAGUCGUGAGGAGUGGGAUGAAAUUCAACAAGUUCGACCAAGGACUCCUUUUGAGUCUAAGAUUUCUCGUCAAAAUGCUAGAAUACGCACUGACGAACCCUUGAACUUGGAAGAUGUGAAGGAUUGGAGUUUGGAUGUGGUAUCGGAUGCACUCACUCGGGCCGAAGAAACUGCUAAACGUGGUUCCAACUAGACUUUUCUACCAUCUAUCUAACACUCGAAAAAAUGUAACUUCUCCAUAUACGUGCGUAUACGUGUACUGUCAAAUACUCGUUUUUACAUACAUUCACAUGUGUGUGUGUGUGUCGAUUCAUGGUGUAAAACUACAUGGUUUAUGGUCGGUCUAUCUUACUGGUUGUAUGAUCUACAUGGACUGAAUCAAAAUUGCAACAGUCUUAACUGA